AUGAAACGAUCACAUAGUUCUUUAGAAACGGUUGAACUUGUAAAAGAGGUUGAAAACACGCAGCCGUCUACCUCUGUAGAGGUUUCCAAAAAUCAGAAACUUGUGAAGAAGCCCACAGUGGAAGAAGCCAUCCAUUAUGUAGAGGACACACCUUACAACACUUCUUCGACUCAUAAGCAGAAAAGCACGGAAGAACUGAUGAGCCAGAUGAUGGAGAAGGUGUCAAACGAAAUUAAAGAAAUCAAACAGAUUCUGAAUGAAAUGCAGCAUACUCUGAAAUCAGUUGUUGCUGUGCUAAUGCCUACACAAACUGGAAAUGAUUCUCCAAUUGACGCGGAAAAGAAUCAAGCAAUAUGUUCUGACGGGAUUGAGCAAGCAGAAAAUACUGAUUUAGUAUUUGAAUAUCAUACAUACCCAUUGGAAACUGUGGAGGCAUUAUAUGCAGUUGAGACACUCCUAGCAGUAGAUGCCAAAUACUUCUCUGACCUUGUCAACAGCAACCUGUUUAAGUCAUUGCCACAUUCAACUUUCAAGCUAUAUACGACAAUGAUUCUGAAACGGUUAUUUAGUAACGAAUUGGCUAUUCAAUUCACAAUAAAUGGAAAUCUAGAUUUCCAUGCAACAGUUUUACGCUGUUUCGAUUCCCUUCGGCUGUAUUACGUCAUCAAGGGUAUGUGUCAUCCAUUUUAGUGAAAUACUUAAUCCCUAAUUGGUUUUCACGUUUAA